UGACAGCAGCAAACGGGACAUGUGACUGUCAGUUUACAUGUCAGGAAGAUGCUUCAUAACUUUGUGAUGCCACCAUCAUUUUUCUCGCCUGGACGCACGUAAAUAAUAAGAUUUGGUGAUGAACUGACACUUUAAGAUACGAGUUUAAGUUUAAUACGUUUUCCUGUCGAAGCGUCAGCAUGUUGGAGGCUGCUGAGCCGCGGGAGACGAGCUCCAUCGAGGUGGCGGUGAUCCCGGGGAGCGGGCGGUGUGAGGAGGUCGGGGCGGUGCGGAGAGCCGAGCUGGCCCCGGCCGGCUCCCUGCUCUGCGCCCUGGAGCUCCGCGGCGGCCUGCGGCUCUGGGACCCGGCGGACAGCGACGCUCCGCCGGCCACGCUGGACGGCAGAUACAGCGACUUUGCGUGGGAGGAGCCGUCAGUCCCGGGUCGAGGCUCCGGCGGCUUCAGGCUGCUGGCCGUGGGAUCGCAGGGCGACCUGAAGCUGCUGGAGGUGGAAGCAGAAAGAUCAGCGUCCAUCUCUCUGCUCUGCGUGUCUGAAUGCUCUGCAGAGCGGCUGCUGCAGACGCUCGCACAGCACGACCUCAGUGUGUGUGAGCCGCUGGCGGUGCGGGUGCUGUCGGUGGCGGCGGGCCGCUGUUGGCUGCUGCUGAACGGCGUCGUGCUGCUGCAGCUGAGCGCCGACGAGCUGCAGCCGCUGUCCUGCUGCAGCGUGCGGCUGCCUGAGCCCAGCACACACACCGACACACACACCGACACACACACCGCCGUCCACCACUGUCUCUGCAGAGGAAUCCUGUUCGUCCUCACCGCCUCCGGACUCAUCUGUUUGUACGACAGUGUGGACGGCAGUCAGCUGGGCAGGGUGGAUCUGCCGGCCUACCUGAGCUCCGGGCUCGGGGAGGAGGAGCCGGCCUCCCCUCCCUCCUUCUCCUCCUCCUCCUCCUCCUCCUCCUCCUCCUCCUUCUGCCUCCUGCAGGUUUCGGCUGAUCUCAGCACAGCUGUGGCCGUCACCCAGUCCCACAGCGCCGUCGCCAUCGACCUCAACCACUACUUCAGAACGUUUCCGGACCACCUGCCGGGCGCCGGGCCGGCCGCUCGCCCCGCCCUGCGGCCGCAGCAGCCCUGCGACCAGGACGGCCUGUCCAGCUCGUCCUGCAGCCUCGCCGGCCUGGGACUCAGCUUCAGCCCCGACCGGUCCUGGGAAGCUCGGCUGGCCUCCAUGUACAACAAAGCCCAGCAGGCUGCUCCUCCUCCCCCUUCGCCUCCCUCCUCCUCCUCCUCCUCCUGGUUCUCCCUCCUCCCUCGUCUGGAGUCCCACCAGGCUCCCUCCUGGGCCCUCCUGUCCCGCAGCAGGGCGCCUCUGGGCGGGGCGACCGCUACGUUCUCUGUCCCCGAGGCGUCCGUCCCGUCCCAGCUCACCGUCACCGAGUUCUCCUCCCUGCUGACCUUCGUCUCCCCCGGCAACAGCCAGACCACAGUGGCCUUGUGGGAUUUUGAGUCCCGGAGCGUGAGCUACCACCGGGCGGAGGGCGAGGCGGCGCCGGUCCAGCGCUGCGGAGAGCGACAGCACAGGCUGCUGCUGAAGGAGGCCGGUCUGUUCCAGGUCCUGUUCUCAGUCUCCCAGCAGGACCUGCUCAGCCGGCUCAUGUUGUUUGGCAGCGCUGCGACGGUGGACGCCGUCUGCCACCUGAACAGCUGGGGGCGCUGUUCCAUCCCCAUCCACGCCCUGCAGGCCGGGCUGAAGAACCGGCAGCUGGACACGGUGGAUUUCUACCUGAAGAGCAAAGCGAACGUCCUGGACCCGGCCGGCGGGGGGCCCGGGGCCUCCACACACAGCCUGACACACAGUAUCCAGGAGCUGUGUCCGGCGUUGGAUCUGCUGUGCUCGGCCGUCAGAGACUCAAACAGCGAAGCUCAGAGUCGACAGUUCUCCGAGCAGCUGCUGCACAUCACCAUGAGCUUCAUCCACACACAGCUGCGCUCCCUGCUGUCACACACACACUGUGAGGAUGUGGGCGUGCGGAGCUGCGUGGACGUUCUGGACCGGUACGUCACUGAGCUCCGAGGCUACAUGAAGAGGUUCCCCUGGCCAGCAGGGGGCGACGGCACCAGCACACACACAGCAGCAGCUCCGCAGGAGGAGUGGGAGCUCCUGCCUGCAGAGGAAGUUGUCCGUCAGGCCAUCCUGACCAAUCAGAUUCCCCGGGCCCAGGCCUUCCUGCGGGGGCGGAGCCUGCCGGAGCGGCGGCUGUGGGACGUGAGGGCCGAGGGGCUGCGUCAGGUGUUCUCCUGCCUGCAGCGCCGAGACCUGCCCACGGCGUCCCGGCUGCUCGCCAACAUGGGUUUCAGUGUGAAGAAGCAGCUGCACAGUAUCUGCCUGUACACCGACGACAAGGAGCUCAGGGAGUUUGUGGUGGAGGAGCUGGCGAGGCGGAGUUACUUCUCAGACGAGGAGAUGCAGAGCGUCAAGUUCAUCCGGGAGAUGGAGGGGCUGGUUUCACUUCCUGCGACCCGCAGCCCGGCCGGCGGCGCCACGCCCAGGUUUGUCCAGGCGGUGCGGAGCGGCUCGGCCGGGGCGGAGCAGGUGGAGGAGCUGGUCCGGCUGAGGAGGAGCGAGGAGGCUCCGGGCCUGUGGAGGAGACUCCGGCUGGACUGGGUGACCCACUGGGACCAGACGAGCCGCAGCGGCGUCCUCCUGUCCCGCCUCCACGCCUCAGCUCUGGUUUCCUGCGACGCGGCGGUGUUGUGGCGUUACCUGACCUCCCUGCACGACCAGCGCCGCGUCGUCGACUGGAUCCAGGACGGAGAGGCGUCCGGCGCCCCCCGCUGGCCGGAGCUAACCCCCGAGCUGGUCAACAGCGACACGGCCUGCAGCAGCUACAUGAGGGAGAAGAUCCUGGACCUGCUGGCCAGGAGAGGUGUGUUCGUGCCGGACGAGCUGGCUGACCUGGAGCAGCUGUUAUGGCGGCUGGCUCAGGGCGGGGGUGUGAUGGCCGCCUCCCCCCCGCUCCCUCAGCACCGCUCGCCCCACGGCCUCGACCUCCACAGCCUCUUCAUCACCUUCUGCCUGGAGCGCAGCCUGCACUACCUGCUCUACAGCUACCUGGAGCACUACAGAUUGACGCCCAGAAACUGUCCCAUCCUGGCCAACAGGAGUCUGUCGGAGAGCCAGCCGUGGUUUGACAUGCUGGUGAAGAUCCAGGAGAUCACCAGAGAUCUGUCAGAUCCAGCUCUGGUCUUCCAGGCCAGUCUAACCAGUGCUCAGGUGCUGCUGCCGGGCGGCCAGGCCUCGCUCAGCAGUCUGCUGCUGGAGGGCCACAGUCUGCUGGCUCUGGCCACCAUCAUGUUCACACCUGGAGGGAUAGACCAGGUCGUGGUUCAGGGCGACAGGUCAGGCCGGGCGGAGCGGGCCGUCGACCCUCAGCUCCUCAAGAUGGCGCUGGCCCCCCACCCCAAACUGAGGGCCGCCCUGUUCCCCACCGGGCCCCGAGGACACAGCCCCUCCUCGGACAUCUCCAUCUACCACCUGCUGCAGUCGCUGCAGCCUCUGGACCCGUCGCGGCUGUUCGGCUGGCAGACGGCGAACACGCUCAACUCCACCGAAACAUCAGAGCUGCCUCACUUCUCCAGCCCUCACCUGGUCAGCAGGUUCGCCCUGGUGGAGAACCUGGACUACCUGUACUACCUGCGUCACGGCCGGCCCGCCUUCGCCUUCGCCACCUUCCUGGUCCAGCAGCUGAACGGCUGCAGCGACGUCAAGACGCUGCUGCAGCAGGCCUACAGGCAGGUGUACAGGCUGGCCCUGCAGUGUUUCAGCGUGCCGUCCGUGGCGUCGGCGGCCGUCUGCUUCUCGGAGCUGCUGGGCGUCUGCAGCCUCGCGCUCAGAGUCGACAUCAGAGCCAUGAACGCCGUCCUGCAGCACUGGAGCCAGAGCAACACACACACACCGCCGGCACAGCACCUACACACACUGGUGUCUAAAGGUGUGAAGCUGGCGGAGGCGGAGCCUGGAGCAGCAGAGGAGCUGAUUGGCUACCUGGAGGCGGCGGUGACGGACAGUUUGGAGCGGAAGGGCAUCGGCAGGUCGUCCUAUGAGGCGGCUCAGGAGUGGGUGCUGCCUGUUCAGUUCUGUCAGCUCCACAGUCUGAAGCUCAGCUCUGUUUACCCCGCCCACUGCGCCGAUGACGGACACUUCAUCCACUUCCUGUUGUUCGUGCAGCUGCACGGCUUCCCGCCGCAGCAGGUGAGGUCGCUGGUUGGCAGGUUUGGCCCCGCCCUCCAGGCCCACCUGAGCCUGGCGUUUCAGGACCUGCAGGUGUGCAGCCAGCGGGGAGGCCGGGGUCCCGAGGAGCAGAGCAGCUCCCCGGAGAGAGAGGGGGUCCCGGGGCGGCCGGAGCACCCCAGGGAGCUGUUCCAGGUCCUCCUGCAGAGCCAGGAGGAGGCGUCGCUCUGGAGGUUCCUGCUGCAGGAGGCGCUGGCACAGAGCUGCCCGACGCUGACCGUCCUGGCUGCCUGCCACAAGGAGGCGGAGCUGCUGCAGUGCCUGUGCGUGUGGGUGCUGACCUCCGUCGAUGAUGUCACCGCGCGGGAAGCCACCGCCCACCUGGCCGACGCCCCCGGACACCACGAGUGGAGCCUGCACGACCUGUCAAUCAUCUGGAAGACGCUGCUGGGGCGGGGCCACGUCAGGCCCCUCCUCCGAGGCUUCCAGCUCUUCCAGAAGGACUGUCCCCUGGUCCUGGUCCUCAGGAUGUUCGAGUUGUGUUGUGACUACAGGAAGUUCUCCGAGGCCAAAGAGAAGCUGCUGGACUUCCAGAAGACCCUGAUCACCCUGAGGAGCAGCGGCCCCGCGGCCCCCGGGUGCCUCCCCCUGCCGUGGGUGGAGAGCCAGGCGUCGGUCCUGCUGCUCACGCUGCUGCAGCGCUGCUCCUCGCAGUACGACCUGCACCGCCUCCUGCAGCUGCUCGCCGACGUCGACAAGCUGCUCAAGUCCAACGGUCCAGACUUCAGGAAGCUGAGCCAGCUCAGUGAGCUGCUGCAGGGCUCGGGCCUCACCCUGCCCCCCCGCCUGCUGCAGUGCAGUUCUCCGUCCGUCCAGCAGGAGGAGUUCCAGGCUGCGGUGGACAGCCUGCAGGCCAGGGGGCGCUACAGCCAGGCCAGGCAGGUCGCCCAGCUCGCCGGCCUGCCCGUCCACCGCCUGCUGCUCAGCCAGCUGCUCCAGGAAGUGAACUCCCAGAGGGCCAAGCGGCAGUGGGGGAGGUUGGAGACGCGAGUCGGUUUCUGGAGGAAAUGUCACGAGCAGCUGAAGGCCGACAGCACUGAUCCAGAGUCAGCCUCGCAGUUCUUCCUGUCCCAGGCUGAAACCGGGACGGCCGAUUCCCAGCCACCGGGAGACUCCCAGGCCGAGCUGCUGGGCAUCCAGGAGAGGUGCCUCCUCCUCGGGCUGGCCGCUCACUGGCUCUCCCUGCUCUGCCCGGCUCCCCUGGUCCAGCUGGAGAGCCUGGAGAAGCAGCUGUGGACCAGCCGGGUGCGGCAGCACAUCCUGCGGGACGCCAUGGAGAAGGAGAGCGUCUUCAACCUGCCGCCGCCCGCCGUCACGCCCGAAACCAGCUCAUAUGAGGCGCUGGUCAAGGAGUUCUCCUUCUCCAACAUCUCUGCCCUUAACGAGGACGCACGCCUCAGCCUGGAGGGCCUCCCCGGCCCCGGCGAGCAGGAGGCGAGCAGCGACUCGGCUCCUCUGGGCGCAGAGGAAAGGAAGGUGCUGGCUGCUCUGGUUGGUCAGCUGCUGGAUGACGGCAGCAUCCAUGAGGCCAGCCGGGUCUGCCGCUACUUCUCCCUGUACCACCCAGACCUGUGGGUGGUGCUGCGCUGCCGGGCGCUGGCCUCUGGGGAGUUGAACCCUCAACCAGAGGAAGUGACGUCAGAAGGCCGGAAGAGCAUUGCGAGCUCCUCCUCGCUCAGCAGUUUGUCGUCCUUCGUGAUGCUCCCUCCGCCCGACGACCAAGUUGUCGUUCAGCUCCAGGCUCUGGUGAACCAGUGUCGCCACGGCAACAACUACUGCAAGCAAGUCCUCGGCCUCUACCAGCUCUCCAAGGAGCUGCAGUGUUCGUUCGGUCAGAUCUGCAGGGAGGAGCCUCGCUCGGUGCUGGAGAAGCUGCUGCUGUCCGAGCAGCCGGAGCGCUUCAAGAAAGCCCAGGCCUUCAUCCGAGGUCAGGCUCUGUGUGCGGACAGCGUGGCCCAGCUGGUGUCCUCCGCCGUGGUCCAGGCGCUGCUCGCCUCGGGCCAGGAGCCGCCGCCGCCUGCAGAGAGGCAGGUGUUCAGGCCGUCGGAGGGCAGGGACUCGCUGAUGCAGCUCAUCAAACUGUGUGACGACCCGAACCUGGUCGGAGUCAAACUGCUGGAGAACCUCAGCUCUGUUCCACUGAGAGACCUGAGCUGCAUCGUGGAGCUGCUGAUCGUGGCUCAUGACUGUUUCAGUCUCACCUGCAACAUGGAGGGCAUCGUCAGGGUGCUGCAGGUCGCCCGUCACAUCAGCCACGCCCACCUGGCCCCCAGCGAGCAGUACGGUCUGCUGGUGCGUCUGCUGACAGGCAUCGGCAGGUACAAUGAGAUGACGUACAUCUUCGACCUGCUGCAUCAGAACCAUCGCUUUGAGAUUUUACUGAGGAAGAAAGUAGAUACUGACAGAGGACAGAGCUCCAGCCUGAAGACGGCUCUGCUGGAUUACAUCAAGCGCUGCCUGCCUGCCGACAGCGAGAAGCACAACAUGGUGGCGCUGUGCUUCAGCAUGAGGAGGGAGAUCGGAGAAAACCACGAGAUGGCAGCCAGGACGCAGCUGAAGAUCAUCGAGUCGCAGCCCUGGGUGGUGACCCCUGAGCUGAAGAGCGCCCUGCAGAAGGUGCUGAACCUGCUGAAGGACGCGGCAGAGAGCUACUCCAAGGACUCGUGUGUGCGUCAGGCCAGCCGCUGUGUUCGGACGGCCAAGCUGGUUCUUCUCCAGCUGCACUUCCUGAACCAGGGCUCAGAUCAGCGUGUCAUCAACCUGCGACCUGCGGAGCUGCUCGGCGCCAUUGUGGCUCUGCCGCGGUGCUACCAGGUGUUCGUGGUGGCCGAGGCGUACGACCACAGUCCGGACUGGGCCGAGGUCCUGUACCAGAAGGUGAUCCUGAACGGAGACUUUGUUUACCUGGAGGAGCUGAAGCGCCACCGCCCGCUGACCUCCAGCCUGUUCGAGGACGUCUUCAAGAAGCUGGGCUGCGCCCCCCGGGCCUCCAGCAGCGUCAGCCACAACGUGAAGCGCCUGCUGUCGUUCUGUGACGAGGCCUACAGCCACUACAGGCUGGCCUACCAGCAGCAGCUCUACGACGUCACCAACAGCCUGCUGCAGGACGCCAGGACCGCCAGCUACCUCAGCGACCGGCUGGCCAGCUGACUGACUGACUGCUGACUGACUGACUGACUGACUGACUGACUGACUGACUGACUGACUGACUGACUGCUUACUGACUGACUGACUGACUGCUUACUGACUGACUGACUGACUGCUUACUGACUGACUGACUGACUGACUGACUGACUGACUGACUGAAUCACUGACGUCAAAGUCACCAACAGCCUGCUGCAGGACGCCAGGACCGCCAGCUACCUCAGCGACCGGCUGGCCAGCUGACUGACUGACUGCUGACUGACUGCUGACUGACUGCUGACUGACUGUUUACUGACUGACUGACUGACUGACUGAAUCACUGACGUCAAAGUCACCAACAGCCUGCUGCAGGACGCCAGGACCGCCAGCUACCUCAGCGACCGGCUGGCCAGCUGACUGACUGACUGCUGACUGACUGACUGACUGCUUACUGACUGCUGACUGACUGACUGCUGACUGACUGACUGACUGACUGCUGACUGACUGACUGACUGACUGACUGACUGACUGACUGAAUCACUGACGUCAAAGUCACCAACAGCCUGCUGCAGGACGCCAGGACCGCCAGCUACCUCAGCGACCGGCUGGCCAGCUGACUGACUGACUGACUGACUGACUGACUGACUGACUGACUGACUGACUGACUGCUUACUGACUGACUGACUGACUGCUUACUGACUGACUGACUGACUGACUGACUGACUGACUGACUGACUGACUGAAUCACUGACGUCAAAGUCACCAACAGCCUGCUGCAGGACGCCAGGACCGCCAGCUACCUCAGCGACCGGCUGGCCAGCUGACUGACUGACUGCUGACUGACUGCUGACUGACUGCUGACUGACUGUUUACUGACUGACUGACUGACUGACUGAAUCACUGACGUCAAAGUCACCAACAGCCUGCUGCAGGACGCCAGGACCGCCAGCUACCUCAGCGACCGGCUGGCCAGCUGACUGACUGACUGCUGACUGACUGACUGACUGCUUACUGACUGCUGACUGACUGACUGCUGACUGACUGACUGACUGACUGCUGACUGACUGACUGACUGACUGACUGAC